AUGAGCGGCCGGGCCAGCAUGAGCUUUCCGCAAGAAAUAUGGUGGCUCGUCGCUAAGGAGCUUGCCAACCGGCUGGACGUCGAUGGGCUCUUCCUCUGCGCCCGUUUGAGUAGGGGCAUGGCCAGACUGGCCUUGCCCGAACUGUACGCCAUACAUGACCAAUCGCCCGCCAUCAACGCACACGUCCUCGAUAUCGAGCGAUUCAUUGGUCUCUGGCGCUCUAUCAUCAUUUCAAGUCUCGGAAAAACACUCUUUCCUUACUGCUGCUGGAUUAAGGUCCUGAGGCUCGGCACACUUGACUCGCAGCUCGAAGAUCUUGCCCACGACACCUCGGGGCUCCGAGACCUGUUUUUCAGCCCGCCAUUAGAGAACCUUCAGAUCCGGCGUUGCUCGGAUGGGGUGCUUGACAUUCGUGCCAUCAUCCUUGAGGUGGCCCACAUGAUAACGGAUUGUAUUCGAACGUCUGCCGAGCAGCAAGGCAAGCUUGUAGGCCUCACCGCGCUCGAAGGUUACCAUCUUCCAGCUGCCAAUCUGCGCAUUUUGGUAUUGGGCCUCUCCAGCUUGACCUCACUCUUUAUCCGGGAUGGCUAUGUACUCACCAGCGAUGUUGCUCGCGCUAUCCGGGCAAAUUGCCCGGCUUUUAGGGAGCUAGAGUGCUUCUACUGUUAUGGAACAAAAAUCGACGAAGAGUUUGGCGGCUUUCUCAGAAACCUUGAGCCCAACACUCUUGUGUCAUUCACGAUUCUAAACAAGAACGAGGUCGCGCGAGAGACCUUCAGGGCUCUGUGUGUGCAUUCUCAGUCGCUGAAAAAUCUCGACCUUCUCAGUCUUGAUCUGCCCGCAUUUCAUUCUCUGGAUGAGUUGCGACACUGCCUCUCACUUGAAUCCCUUAAACUUGGACCGACCCCAGAGGCGUCGACCUACCCCUGGCACAUUGAAUGUAAAGAUGCUUUCGAAGGGGUAGUACGAUGGCUGCAGAAUUGUACCUCCCUCUCGGAUCUAGGGUUCACGGUGGUCCCUUUGGCAACUACUCUCCUCGCUCAGGUCCUCAAGUCGCCCGCUGUCCACCUCGAGGGCCUCAAAAUUGAGACGAUGGAGUUUGAUAUAGAGUUUUGCUCGUCUUUAGCUCACCAACAACAGCUCCAGCAUCUUACGCUCCGCAUCUGGGACGAGGAUCUGCUUGACGCGGACGACCAGCGACGUGCAGUGUUUGCCGCUGCCAUCGCCAGAUGUCGUAAUCUGCGCGAGCUAGACACAAACGAGCUGUUUAGCCUCGAAGAUCUGGACCGUAUCUGCAGUUCACUGCCAUUGCUAGAGACUAUGGCGGUGACUGGGACCUUUGUCGAUGACGAGUUCCUCUUACGAAUCUCACGCCUUUCGACGCUUAAACGCCUUUUCCUCUACGGGCCCUCAUUCGAAGUGCUCUUGAGGUUCCUAGGAAAGUUGGCAGCGGACCCUGAGGGUCACCACGAGGGACUACAACUACACAUUCCUGACCAAGUCGACACUCAUAUGACAGAGCAGAAAGAAGCCCAGGUAGCCACCAUCAUCAAAGAGUUAUUCGGGGGGCGACUUGAAUACCAUCGGCUAUAA